CUGUAUAAUUUACAACUUACAAGAUGGGCGAGCAGAAACGUAAUAACCUUAAAAUGCUGUUUUUACUAUCAUUUUUACAUCUUUUUAAUGCGAUUAAUUCAAAUCAUGUAGGAAAUACGCAUACAAUAAACGUCAGUAUGAAUGGCUCAGACGAUUACAACUGUCCCGGGUUAAAGCAGGGCUGUUCGCUUAUAGCAGCUUUGCGUGCUGUUUCGCGUCAAGACAAGUUCAAGAACUCCGCAACGAUUCUGAUUGAUCCAGGAAAGUAUACAUUGAAUACAAAUUUUACAUUUGAAAAUAAUAGUAAUCUCGCAAUCACUGGACACAAUAUAGUAGACACAGAUGUGAGUGUACAGUGUUCAGGCAACGCUACUGGUUUGGCAUUUAUCAGAUGUCGUAAUAUUACAAUUCAGGGUAUCUCGCUAUCAUCAUGUGGUACACUUCACAAAAGUGCAUCCUACAACAAUCCAUUAUUCUAUUCGGCAUUGUUUGUGAAAGAAUGCACGAAUUUCAAGCUACAGACUGUUGCUAUUAAGAAAAGUCCAGGUAUUGGUGUGACAAUAUAUGACACUAAAGGAAAUGUCACUAUUCAUUCUGUCAUUUUUGAGAAUAAUGGACCAAAUUCGUUGAAUUGUAUGUACAGGAAGUAUGUCGACAGGUUAAAAAAUACAGCUAAAGCUGGAGGAGGGCUAUACAUUGAAUUUACAUACAUGGCGUAUAAUGGAAAAAAUUUAAGUAACAGCAAUUAUUACGUAAAACAGUCAACUUUUAGAGGAAAUGUUGCACCAUAUUCGGAUCUUGUGAAUUCUACCUUCAAACGUCCAGGUGGGACCAAACAUCUUGGUUUCGGUCGAGGUGGUGGAUUAUCCAUAUAUGUUCGUGGAUCAGCAGAGCACAAUACCUUUUCGAUCGAUUCUUGUGUCUUUAUUGGCAACCAUGCCAUUUGGGGUGGUGGAUAUUUUGUUCAGUUCUUGGACACUGUCAGUGACAAUAAUAUCACUGUCACCAAAACUAAUGUUACUGAAAAUACUGCAUGCUUUGGUGGAGGAGCUUUCCAAAUGAGUAGCAUUUCAACAAUUUCUGGAACUAGUAGCCAGUUUUUGCCUAAUAACAUACUUAGCUCCUUUUGUUUGUUUGCCAAUAAUUCUGCUGUGUCAGGGGGAGGAGGGACGAUUUUUGGACGAACAAGCCUAGGCUAUGUUGAUAACAGUUAUUCGUUUAGUAAUUGCUCUUGGAAAAGAAACAUGGCCACAACUGGUUUUGCUUUGACAUUAAAGGUAUGGGAUUAUGAUCAAGGUUUGUUUGGGCCAAACAGUCCAUUCAAGGUGAAACUCUCAGAUUGUCAUUUCAUUGCAAACGCCAUGAGAGAUGUUGCUAAAUACGGUUGGGGCAUUGGGGCUGUUUAUGAUUUUCUGGUUCCACUUGUCUUGACAAAUGUCAAUUUUACUGAGAAUAGUAAUACAUCAUUAAUUCUUGACACAUCAUCGGUGUAUGUUUAUGAAAAUGUAAGAUUUACCCGAAAUACUGGUUAUAAAGGUGGGGCAGUUGGAAUGUACGGAGAAGCAUCAUUUCAUUUAAAGAAAAACUCAAAACUAACAUUUGAAGGUAAUAUUGCAGAUGAGAUUGGUGGAGCAGUAUUUGUUGAAACCCCAGGGCCAGAUAGUCUCCCAAUUGUUAUGAAUAACUACUUGCAAACUCACGAAUGUUUCUUUAAGUACGAAGAUUCAACUUUACAUCCAGAUGAAUGGCAAGCAGAAGUGGUUUUUAUUAAUAAUACAGCUCCAUAUGCAACAGGUUAUUCUGUAUACACUAACUCUCUACGUGAUUGUGUACGUACUGGAGAAGAUACAGCCCAGGUACUAGAGUGGAAAAGUUUCCAUUAUUAUGCUCAGAAUGCUUCAAACAGCACCGUGAAGCGACGCUUUGAGGUUGUCACAGAUGCUAUUCAUAUAAAUUCCAAGAAGUCAGAUUGGUCUGUUCCCCCAGCACAACUAUUUUCACCACAAGUCACAUUACUUGAUGAAAAGAAUAAUUCAGUGUAUGGCAUGAUUCGUGUCAGUGUAAAUUCCAAAGGUCCAUUCCAAUCAAAAUCCAAAGUCAAACUGGGAACAGCAUCAUCCCUUUUUUUGGUGAGAAACAGCAUUUCAUCUCUCUACUUAAAGGGAGAGUCUGGAACAAACUUUUCAAUAGACUUAAGAACAGUUGGUGGACAGUUCACUCAGGAAAGGUUAGAAAGUGUGGAGUUGAAAAAAUGCAACCCUGGUUUUCUGCUUAGAGGAAAUCAAUGUGUUUGUGCUUCAGUGGAAAAAUUCAUGGGUGUGUCACGGUGUAGUGAAGAUAAUAUGGAUGUGUUUCUUGUGAAGGGUUAUUGGGCAGGAGAGGUUAUUGAUGGAAGUGGUAAAACAGCAUUUGUUACAGCUCAGUGUCCAACAGAAUUUUGCAAUUGCUUCAAGCCUGAUUACCAUUCAUUAAGGGCAGAUGAAUGUGUCUAUAAAAAAGAUAAGAUAUGUAAUGGAAAUAGAAUAGGAGUAAUGUGUGGUUCUUGUAAACAUGGGUUUGGUGUUCAGGUUGGCAAUCAGGAAUGUUCUGCUAAAUGUAAGGAUUCUGAUCUGUGGAGGCUAGCCCCUUUAUUCGUUGUUUUGACUGUUAUAGUACUCAUUGUCUUCAAAAUUAAUCUGGACAUUUUUACGUGUUACUUGAAUGCCUGGUUGUAUUUCUAUCAAGUGAUAUAUCUUGUUCUGGGUGUUCACGAGGACAUCCCUUUGGAUCCAUUUAUUGGGUUUGUUGCUGGCUUAGCACAAGUCACAAUAAGUGGCUUUGGUGAUUGUUUGUGGGAAGGAAUGGACAACUUGCAAAAGCUCGGUUUCAGUUACGUGUUGCCUGUAUAUGUUUUUCUUGUUGUGUUUAUAAUUUCCUUUUUCGCGCGAAGAUAUCCUGGUUGCUAUUUUGCAAACAAUUCAACAUUUAGAGCGUCCUGUACCCUUUUUGUGCUCUCCUACUCGACUUUAGCAAGAGUUUCAAUGGACAUAUUAAGACCAUCUAAAAUUGGUAGCGAACUUCGCGUAUUCUAUCAGGGAACCGUACCGUAUUUCAGCCCAUAUCACUGCGCUUUUGCCGUACCAGCACUCUUUAUUCUCUUCUUCAUUAUUAUUCCAUUUCCGUUGAUCCUUGUCUUCACUCCAUUUUUUAUUAAACGAGUAAGAUUUCUUAGGUAUGUAAAUCCCUUGUUUAACACAUUCCAGUCUUGUUUCAAAGAUGGAUACAGGUGGUUUGCUGCCUUUUACUUCUUUUCAAGAUUUUUGCUCCUUCUUUUUGCCACUUUUAUACCUUAUGGCGCCAUAAAAGCGCUAUUCAUGCAGAUUUCCUGCCUUGUUGUCCUCACCGUCCAGGUAUGUGCUUGGCCAUAUCAUUCCGAGACGGAUAACAACGUCAAGAAGAUCAACUGGGUGGACACCGGGUUUCUUACGUUAUUGACGAUUAUCAGUAUCAUCGCUGGACAAGUAACAAAUAACACGUCAGAAAGUGCCAAGAAAAUCAUGGGUACAACCAUUGACAUUCUCAGUUAUUUUCCAUUUGUAUAUGCCGUAUGCAUUGGUGUAAAACUAUUAUUAACACAUUUGAAACCAUGUUUAGAGCGUCGUAAUGAGGAAAAUUUGCAAACCGUUGAUCAUUUUGACAAUAUAGUAUCGUAAUGGAUGUGUGGACAAUUUGAAGUUAAACAGGAAUUUGCAUAUUCUACAUAAACAAGGCGUUUGCAGUGGAGUGAAGUGAAGGCAAGAUCAUUUUUAUCGGUUAAACUAAAAUGAAACCGGAGCCAAAGCAGGAACACCAACUCUCAAGUUCAAGAAAUGAAUUCAUAUCAACGUACCAGAAAGAUUUCACUGGAGAAUUUGGACACCCUUCGGGGUCAGCAAGGCCUCGCUCAUCAUCAUUAUAUCCCAAAGGUGAUAAGAUGGAAAUUCCAACGUACAGAAAUCAAUUUUAUUCAAAGCCAGUCGUGAAAACAGAUCUAAUAAGAACAGAACCAUCGUCAAGAAACAACCCACAUCCAUUAAAACCUUUUCUCUUUUGGAGAUUAAAUGGAGUGGAUGCAUUGAAACAAUGGCGCAAGCUUCCCGUGGACAGACAUGGCAUUGACACCGCUUUACAAAAUCAAAAAAAGUCAACGUAUCAAGUAGAUUACGCUGGUAUACAAACUGGAUAAACGCUUGGAAUCUGCAUGGCCAUGGUGAAAUGUCAUGUACGUUGUGACGCGGAAAACAAGCAAAACAUAGCAAACAAGACUGAAAUAUUUGCGAUUAGAACUAAAAUGUUUGUAUUCAUCUCUUAAUUUGAAUAUACAAUUAGAAAGCCUGGGUAUGAAACUAUUCACU